AUGGGUUAUUUAUGCCGACAAGAUUUUUUUUUAUUGCUGGUUACAUUUUCUUUCUUUCUUUCUUUCUUUCUUUCUUUCUUUCUUUCUAUCUAUUUAUCUAUCUAUCUAUCUAUCUAUCUAAAUUUGUAUUGCUGGUUAUAUUUUCUUUCUUUCUUUCUUUCUUUCUUUCUUUCUUUCUUUCUUUCUUUCUAUCUAUUUAUCUAUCUAUCUAUCUAUCUAUCUAUUGGUUUGUCACCAUGCCAUGUUUAUUCGUAUGUCCAUACUGCCUAUAUCUAUCUAUCUAUCUAUCUAUCUAUCUAUCUCAGUCGGUUGGUUAUCUAUCUAUCUAUCUAUCUAUCUAUCUAUCUAUCUAUCUAUCUAUCUAUUGUGAAACCUUUUUCCAAUUUCUUUUUUCCCAUAUCUAUCUAUCUAUCUAUCUAUCUAUCUAUGUCUGACUGCUCAUAUCUACCUGACUUAUACUGCUCAUAUCUAUCUAUCUAUCUAUCUAUCUAUCUAUCACAAUCUGUUCAUAUCUAUCUAUUCUCAGAUUCUAUCUAUCUAUCUAUCUAUCUAUAUAUCUAUCUAUCUCAAUCUGUUCAUAUCUAUCUAUCUAUCACUAUCUGUUCAUAUCUAUCUAUCUAUCUAUCUAUCUAUCUAUCUGAUUGGCUUAAUCCCUUACAGAGAUCCCCAGAGAAGAGUAAUAAGGAAUGA